CCUGCUCUCCCUCCCCUGAGGCGGGGCUGCCCCGCCAUCUUAGAGGCGUCCCCACCUCCCUUCCGUCAGCAUUGGGAGUGGGUCUGCCUCGGUCGUUACGGGUCCCGUCCUCGCUGUGCGGAGCUGAGGGACCAGGGAGAGGCGCCUGCGGUGCUGGAGUUGCUGUGACCUCGCCUGGCGUUCCGAGGGGACGAUGGCCGACGUGCCGGUGGCGGUGGUGACGGGGUCCAACAAAGGGAUUGGCUUGGCCAUCGUGCGGGCCCUGUGCAAACAAUUCCCGGGGGACGUGUACCUGACGUCCCGGGAUGCCGGCCGUGGCCAGGCUGCCGUGGCACAGCUCCAGCAGGAAGGGCUGCGCCCGCUCUUCCACCAGCUGGACAUCGAUGACCCGCAGAGCAUCCGAGCGCUGCGGGAUUUCCUGAAGGAGAAGUAUGGGGGGCUCAACGUGCUGGUGAACAACGCUGGCAUCGCUUUCAAAGUUCAUGACACCACUCCAUUUGCAGUCCAAGCUGAGGUUACACUGAAGACAAACUUUUUUGGAACCAGGAAUGUUUGCACAGAAUUGCUGCCUCUUAUGAAGCCUUACGGUCGGGUGGUGAAUGUCUCCAGCAUGGUGAGCAACUCGGCGCUGCGAGGCUGCAGCCAGGAGCUGCAGCAGAAAUUCCGCAGUGACGCCAUCACUGAGGAUGAGCUGGUGCAGCUCAUGAACAAAUUCGUGGAAGACACCAAGAAAAGCGUCCAUGAGAAAGAGGGUUGGCCAAACACCGCCUACGGGGUGUCCAAAAUCGGGGUCACCGUCCUGUCCAGGAUCCAAGCCCGGCUGUUAAAUGAGCAGAGGAAAGGGGAUCACAUCCUCCUCAACGCCUGCUGCCCUGGCUGGGUGAGGACAGACAUGGCAGGUCCCAAAGCCACCAAGUCCCCAGAAGAGGGGGCUGAGACCCCCGUUUAUUUGGCCCUUUUGCCUUCCAAUGCUGAUGCUCCCCACGGCCAAUUUGUCAGUGACAAAACUGUCAGACCCUGGUGAGCUCAGGGGGUGGGGAAGGAAAGGGGCCUGAGCUCCUUUUCCUGGUUCCUCUCCUAAUUCCAUCGUUGCCAGCCCUUUUCCCUCUCCCCUGGCAUGGAGCACAGACAUGGAGCUGGGCUGAGGAAACAGGUGCCUUAUCUCUCAUCACAGGAGAUUUUUCCAGGCUCCAGAGCUGUUCUGGAGGCUGCACAGGGUUUUCUAAAGAGGAUGGAGUGGUUUUAGAGCUGCUGUGAUCUGUCUGGGGGGAGACUCGAGACCAGAAUCACUGUUGGACAGACAUUCCUUGCUAUCAGAACUAAAUGGAAUUAGGUGAAAAUAAAAACAGCACUGAUGCACCAUUUAUAGACAGACAUAAUCCGCUGUUGUUAUUAAUAUAUCAAUAAAUAAUUACUGAUUUAUAUUCUGGUACGAAAUUAAUUCUGGUACUAAAAACUUAGCUGGCAAAGAUAUUUUCAUUUCCUGCACUAAGUUUGUGGCUGGGAUUUGUGAUGUCUGCAUAGAGAGAAAAUAAACUACAGGCCUGACACAGCAAA